GUCCUGGUUCGAGCAGGUCUGUCGCACGAGGUCGAGGGUUCGCGUCCUUCAUGUUCUCGUGUCCUUCGUUCUUUCUCGCCAUCUUUCUUCAGGAUUUCAACCUAAAGAACAAUUCUUUCACUAACUAUUACACACUCCACUGAUGGGAGACCAAAACUAUUCCUCUGGCUAUAGCCAAGGAGGCUAUGGAUCCCAGUCUGGGGGAUAUACCAGUGGUGGGUAUUCCCAGUACCAGCAGGGAGGCUAUCAACAACCUUCAGAUACAAGCAAGACAGAAGGUAGUUCAUAUGGCGGCUACCAAAGCAGCAACACGUCAUCCUACUCCACACCUCAAGAUAACUCUGGCUACCAGGCCUACCAACAGCCUGGGAGUUAUCAGGCAGGUUCUGGCUACCAGCAGCCUUCCUCAGGCUACCAGCAGUCAGGGUCUGACUCUAGCGGCGGCUACCAGUCGGGGGGGUACCAGGGUGGCAGCUCUGACAGCUUCCGAGGAAGUAGAGGUGUUAGUGGUGGAGGCAGCUCCCAUGGUAGCAGCAGUGGUGGCUCCUAUGGUAGCGACCGGGGCAGCUCCUAUGGCAGGGACAGAGGCGGCUCAUAUGGCGGAGACAGGGGAGGUUCAUAUGGCGGAGACAGGGGCGGAGGUGACAGAGGUGGUGACCGUGGUGGCAGCUAUGGAGGUGGCAGCGGUAGCAGACCAGACCGCAGUGGAUACUCAAAUAGUGGUUCAGGUUAUGGCGGUAGAGGAGGUGGAGGAGAUGAUCAAAAGCAAUACUCCCAGGACACAAUUUUUGUAUCCAACAUGAGCCCGAAUUCAACAGAGGAAGACAUCAAGGGACUGUUUGGCUCAAUAGGAAUUAUAAAGAUUGACAAAAAGCUUCAAAAGCCCAAGAUCUGGAUCUACAAGCAUCCAGACGGUUCAUCAAAGGGAGAGUGUACGGUCACAUAUGAAGACCCCCCAACAGCCUCUGCAGCUAUUGAGUGGUUUAAUGGUAAAGACUUCAUGGGACAAAGCAUCAAGGUUGAACUUGCUGAAGCAAGAACUCCCAAGUUUGGUGCUGCGGGUGGAGGCCGAGGUGGAGGAGGGCGUGGUGGCUUUGAACGUGGUGGUUUCCGUGGUAGCAGAGGUGGUGGCGGCAGAGGAGGUGGUGGUGGCGGCGGCGGAGGAGGUGGAGAUCGUUCUGGUGACUGGGACUGUCCAUCAUGUGGUAAUAUGAACUUUGCCCGACGUGAUCGCUGCAACCGUUGUCAGGAGUCACGCCCUGGUGGUGGUGGAGGCGGUGGUGGUGGCGGCUAUGGUGGUGGCCGGGGAGGAGGAAGAGGCGGGCGUGGCGGUGGCGGCGGGUACAGAGGAGGCGGUGGUGGUGGAUAUGACAGGCAAAGUGCCCGUCAAGACAGAAGAGAUCGGCCAUAUUAAGCACACCCUGCCUUGCUCCUUAGCAACCCCCCAUGUGUUUUGUUGUCCUGCACAGCACGUCUGGCCGCCUUACGUAGAUGAAUGCACGAGGACAUCGAUGUAAUCUUUGACUCCAAGAGCAAGAUCACAUAAUUCAGCUCGUGUUCCUUAGAAUAUGUUUUACAGUAGUCAGUGUAGUUCGUCAUAAAGUUGCAACUUUUGACCAGGGAUUGGGCAAUGACUUUCAGGUUUGACGAUGUUUCGGUAGCAAAUCAUAUUAAAGUUGGCUCCCCUUAGAUAUAAAAUAGUCAGGAAGCAGCGUAGUUACAUCGCAUGCUUUUUAUAGUUCUAGCUAACGGCUCCCAUAAGUCUUUGUGCUUUUUUUUGUUAUAUCCUGAUCUCUACCACGAUGUCUACCUGGCGACAAAAACCUUAUUGAAGCCGUUUUCUAGGGACGGUUUGGACUCCAGGCGUAAAACGAACUAAAAAAGUGUUUUUGUUGGGGCGGAAUUUUCCUGGACGAAUUUCCCCAUUAUUUGACCUUGCUACUUUGGGAAUUUUUAAAAUGUAAUAAAUUGGAACUUUUGUUAACUUUGUUUAAUAAACCUUUGAUUUUAACGA